AAAAAAAAAAGCCAAAAUUGCAGUUAGUGAGGGUGGCUGGUGCGGGCGGUUAACAAACAAAAUUGAAGUCCAAAGCGAUGAACAAAGAGGAAAAGAUUGAAGAGAUGAAGGACGACGCAGGCGAUGCGGUGGUCAUGGUGGAAAACGAGAUGAACAAAGCUUCCUCCAAAGAAGCAGGAGGAGAAGUACUGGAUGAGCCGAUGGUCGAAGGCGGCGGUGAAGAAAGGGGCAAAGUAAAGGGAUCUUGGUCACCGGAAGAAGACGCGAUUUUAAGCGAUCUUGUUAGCAAAUUUGGGGCCAAGAAUUGGAGCUUAAUAGCACGUGGUAUCCCUGGCCGUACUGGAAAGUCGUGCCGUCUUCGCUGGUGUAAUCAGUUGGACCCUGCCGUUAUGCGCAAACCUUUCACUGAUGCUGAAGAUAGGAUUAUAAUUGAAGCCCAUAAAGUCCAUGGAAACAAAUGGGCGUUAAUUGCAAAACUCUUGCAGGGUAGAACCGAUAAUGCAAUCAAGAAUCACUGGAACUCUACCCUCAGGCGCAGGUGCAUCCUACGUAACACGUACAUUACACCAUCUACCAUCAACUACAACAACCUCGACACCACAAUCGCAUCAAACGAAAACAACACAUACCCCACAAAACCCGCAGAAACCGAAGACGUGACAACUCAUUACAUCUCUCAAGAUCCAAUUACGACACAUCAAACCGUUUCUCGUCCAGCCCCACAUUACGGAGCAUUUUCUGUUUUUAACAAUGGAAUUCAAAAUGGGGAGCCAAAGAUGAUUGUACCCACACAGGGCCCGUUAAUACAGGCAUGUAAACCAGAAAGUGUCGGUUGUAAAUUUCUUAACGGCUAUUCUACCGAGCCUGUGGUUCCAUCGAGGUGUGGCCAUGGUUGCUGUUCCGGUUCCGGUUCACAACCGUCAUUACUAGGUCCUGAAUUUGUUGAAUACGAAGACGUUCCAGCUUUGUCAAACAUGGAAUUAGCCACCAUUGCAGCGGAUCUUAACACCAUUGCGUGGAUCAAAAGCGGCCUCGAAACACCCCAACCUCAAAUAUCAGUUGAAGGACUGAGUUAACACAUUCAUGUAUUAAUUAAAGUUUCUGGUUUUUAUAAAUAUAGUUUACUCAAGUUGGGACAUUUUGGGGGUAAAGGUGAUCUAUAGAGUUUUGUUUAUGGUUUACAUAUAUUAUGAAAUUAUCUGAAUAUUGAACUUGUCAGCUGAAUUAUGAGGUUGUACGUUGCGCUUCGA